CAGGUUUGAACUUUCUUCUCAAACCACAUUGACAAUGGAAAUUGAGAUUAUAUCAAGAGAGAACAUUAAGCCCUCUUCACCAACAUUUCUUCACCUCAGAACCUUCAAGUUUUCCUUGCUAGAUCAGAUCAUUCCACCCUAUUUUCAUCCCGUUGUCCUCUAUUUUCUUCCGGAUUCUGCAGCUUCGAGUGAUGCCAAGGGAUUGCUUUCCCAGAGAACUCUUGUUCUGAAGAAAUCCCUUUCUCUGAUUUUAACUCGCUUCUACCCAUUUGCAGGGAUCAUCGGAGACAGUUUCUCUGUCGACUGUAAUGAUGGAGCAGUCCCUUUUGUGGUGGCCAAAGUUAAAGGUCAGUUAUCAGAUUUUCUCAGAAACCCUGAUCUGGAUUUGGUUCAAAACUUCCUUCCAAACGAAUUGAGUUGGACUCCGUCGGGAACCAAUAUUUUGAUGAUACAAGCAAACCAUUUUGAUUGUGGUGGAAUGGUCAACCGCGUAAUUGUUUCCCACGCAGUAGCGGGUGGAAUAACUUUAUGCUCAUUUCUUAAAGCGAAAAAAAUAAUAAUUGUGCAAGGCGGUGCAGCCGACAGCAAGUGUUGCCACCGGCAGGGGAGGCGGUGCAGCCAGCAGCAAGUGUUGUCGCUCGCUGCCAUGGGCAGCGACGAGCGCCGUUGCUAUAUUUCCAGCAGCGAGGCUGUUGCUGUCGAACGACAGCAGCAGCUCCUGCUACACGCGACAGGAAGCUCGCAAAGGCGACUCCCUGCCGCAAGAUGCGAGACUUUCAAGAAACUAUACCGAUGCAAAAUGACAGAGCGAUCUUUAGUCAGUGCUAAGGUACUGAAGGUGAUUGACGUUGAGAAGUGUCUCAAAUUCCCAACAGUUCUAACAUUUAUUGAAGCACAAUGUCCCAAUUACAUUGCUCAGUCUCUCUUUACCCCAAAUGAUAAAAUUCCAGAAGAAUCAUAUUUGUUUUCUAAUUUUCAUCCAUUUCUAAUCACGGGGAACUGCGUAUUAAAGAGAUACGUGUUCGAUUCAUCAGCCAUAUCCACUCUAAAAGCGAAAUCACCCGGUUUACGUGUUCAAGUCAUGACAGCAUUCAUCUGGAAAUGUUUCAUGGCUGCUUGUGCAGCUGCAAAUAAUUUGCCAUCUCUAAUGGUGCAUGCAGUGGACCUGAGAAGUAGAGCUGUGCCACCCUUCUCCGAAAACUGUUUUGGCAACUUCUUAUGGAUUGCAGCAGUAGCAGCAGCUGAAAGCAUGAAACUUACUGGCCAUGAUCAAGCGAAUUUAGUGACAAAAGUGAGGGAAUCAAUACGACGAAUUGAUGGCAAUUUCGUAAAAAUAAUGCAGGGUGACGAAGGGUUGAUUGGCUACAUUAAAAAUCUUGAAGAGACUAAUGCAUUGAUUCAUGGAGAGGCUAAUUGUUUGAAUUUCAGUAGUUGGUGCAAUUUUGGUGUAUGUGAUAUUGGCUUUGGUUUGGGAAAGCCCAUAUGGGUUGCAAAUUAUGUGUCUACGGAUUCCUGCGACUCUCCAAAGCUCAACGAUGUCAUGUUUCUCGACAACAGAUAUGGCAAGGGCAUGGAAGUAUAUGUGACUCUUCAAGAACAAUACGCUGCAGCAUUAGACAAAAUUGAGGAGCUUCUGCCCCUCAUAUCAAUAAAUCCAAGUCCAUUGGAAUUGCAGCAUUUGUAAAAAGUGGCUUUCAA